UUUCAGAGUUUCUGACAGUAUUUCGAUAUUUAUCGAUUAUCGAUAACUCCACGGUCACACUGUAUAAAGCUGUAUAAAUAAAUAUUCGUUUAUUUUUGCUGUACAUUCACAAAAUUCUAUAGUUGCUACAGUUGCCUGCUAGAGCACGAUGAGUUCCCAACGCGGUAACGUCAACCGCACACGUGCCCAGAAACACAAAAAUCGUUUUGUAUUCAAGAAUGAUCUGCACGACAAAACGCCUCAACAGAUGCGACUCAACUCGAUGCAUGUCUCGACGGUGUGCCAGCGCUGCAAGGAGGUGAUCGAGUGGAAGAUCAAAUACAAGAAGUACAAGCCGCUGACACAGGCGAAGACCUGCAGCCAUUGCAAGGAGAGGACAGUGAAGAAGGCCUACCAUGUAAUCUGUCGGGAGUGCGCCAUCAAGGCACACGCCUGCGCCAAGUGCCUGAAGACCGCCGACGAGGUGGCCAUAGAGGCGCCCGAGCCCACGCCACAGGAGGAGCAGCAACUGCAGGUGGAGAUGGAUCGCUUGGUCAAAUCUUUCUCGGAACGCAAGCGUCGCGCCUUUCUGCGCUUCAUGGCCAAGGGCAAGAAACCAGAGACAGCUGAGAAGGACGAGGAAACUCAGGAGAUCGAGGAGAAGGCGAAACGUGUGGCCCACACUCGCGCCGAGCUGUUGGAUAAAAUUAAGCAACUGAACCUAGCCGAAGAGGACGAUGAAGAAGAUUACGAUGAUGAAGAUGAUGAUGAUGAGGACGCUGAGGAGGAUGAUUCCGAGAUAGAUUCAGAGGAUGAUAGCGAGGAAGAGCAAAAACAUGUUAAAGCGAAAUAAAGUUUCUAAUUUGUAA